UAAGUUUCAAUUUCUCUUUACGAAAUGCUCGUUAUUCUUACGGGUAGACCGCAUUCGUACAAUACGAUAUUUCCGACAUCAAAACCAAAGUUGAAAAAUUUUACUUUUAAUUUCAGGUGUCUGAAAACAGAAAUUUCUUUACACCGAGAAUCAGAUGGUCUACAUUCAUGGAAUUAUUUUGAAAGCUACUCAUUACAGAUUCUGAUCGUCGCCGCCCUUGUGGCUGUCGCUGCAGCUGCACCCGCUGCGUUGGAACAACCAAAACCUACUCCCGUUCCCAUCCUCCAGUUUGACGAAGAACGUGACGCAUACGGCCAAUUUUCGCUAUCAUACACAACUGGCGAUGGAACCACGAUAACUCGUCAAGGAGUACUGAAAAUCACUGCUGACGGAAAGGACUUCGUUUUGGUCCAGUCAGGAUCUGAGUCAUACACUUCACCCUCCGGAGUAAAAAUCGUGUUGACCUGGGUCGCUGACGAAGAUGGAUACCGCCCCAUUGGUGAUCAUCUUCCCGUCACCCCUAUCGCUCCUGCGGCACCCGCCCCUCUUUUACCUGCUGCCCUCGCUUAAUUUGUCGAAGCUAUCUGACUCAUGAUGUCGAGAAUGGGUGGGUUGGAAAUAUUUCAAAGUAUGUCAGUGAAUCAAGGUUGUUUUUUUAACGAACUUCAAAGAAAAUCUUAUUCUGGUUCCGACAACACUCCCUCUUGACACAGGGCCGAUUUUUCGUCCUUGGAGGAUAACGUUGAUACGAUUAUUGAAAAAAAAUA